UAAGCAGAGACACUCCAGGCUGCUCUUCUGUACCUGCUUAAAGAAUUUGCUGAGUGAAUUUUAAUGAUGUUUUUGAAUUUUUAAUGUCUAAGAGAAAACCUUUAUGCCUGUUAAAAGCAAUGAAACCAUGGGAGUGAACAACGGCUCGGCUCUGCUGGUGGAGGAACAGGAAACAUCAGAUAAGAAGACGGUCUGGAGGUUCCUUAGAAUAAUCUGCAGACCUCGCUGCGUGAGCGUGGCUCAUGUGUCGGCGUCAACACUUCAGCAAAUGAAAGUGAAACUAUCAGCAUGCUUUGGUUCUGUUGGAGGCUGUGUGACUCAGUACAGACAGCUGGCUCAUUACUUCUCUCUGCUCUGCUUCCUCCUCAUCAUCGUCACUCUGCUGCUGACUCUCUGCUUGGUUCAGCUCACCUUGGUUUUCCAGACUCAGUCGACUCUGCAGGGAACUAAAGUGAGAGAUCUGACGGACAAACUGGAGAAGCUCAACCAGUCGUACCGCCUCCUGUUUGACCAGUACCCAGCUCUGAACCAGUACUGCCCAGUCCACAACGUAUCCACGGGGGAGAGAGCAUGCAGACCGUGUCCAGACGGCUGGACGCCUCAGGGACAGAAAUGUUUCCUGUUCAGUCAGGACAGAGCUGACUGGAUCAGCAGCCAGUACCACUGCAUGACACUGGGGGGCGCUGUGGUCACAGUCAGGACAGAGGAGGAGCAGGUUUUGGGUGCGUGAGCCUGAUGGAACAGACAGCAGAGAGCUGUGUGGUCGGCUCACCCCGGGGGAUAACUACAGGACGGGCUGGUUCACCUCUAGAUGUUCCAGCCAGCUGAGGAGGAUCUGUGAGAGGAGACAGGCUAGUCUGCUGUGAGAGGAGAGGAGAGAAAAGGAGAGGAGAGGAGACGAGACGAGACGAGAAGAGAGGAGAGGAGAAGAGAGGAGAAGAGAAGAGAGGAGAGGAGAGGAGACGAGACGAGAUGAGACGAGACGAGACGAGAGGAGAGGAGAGGAGAGGAGACGAGAAAAGAGAAAAGAGAAAAAAUUGUUACAGCAACAAAGCAAAUGACAUACAGAUUAUUAGAAAGAAAAUGUGAAUAACAUUAUGGUAUAAACCUGUAUUUAUUCAUUUAAAUGUAUUUGCUGUUUUGUCCAUAACAAUAAAAUAUGCCUAUUGCCCAUAA